AUGCCCCGACUGCAACCGGGCGAUCGCCCCGCUCACCCGCCGGAGAAACACUGGCUCUUCCGCGGCGCCCAAUCCGCCUUGUUCUGGUUCAUCUCCUGUGGGCCGUGUCAUGUCGCUGCGCAUCAAUCCCGUCGCAAGAAACAGGCGCGCCGAGCGCGCUGUGAGCGGCAGCAGGAGCAGAGUUCCAACCCCGACCGAUAUCACCAUCCGUCUCCCUUCGACAUCAACCCAUACUGGAACGAGGAGAUGGAGAUGGGCCCGGGGCCGCCGCAGAGACGAGUCAAGAAGCGGGCGACCAACAUGUCUGCCACGACGGAUCGAAGCAUGAGCAUCGGGAUGCGGACGAUGACGACGAGUACGACGGGGUCGAGAACGGAGAUGAUGGAGGUGGUGAGACCAGAGAGCGUGCAUCUCGGGCGGCCCGGCUGGAAUUUGCGACGCUAUCAACGAGCGGACGAGGAGCUGUUCUUGACCGAUGCGACGGAUACCGAUGGUGAACAGUGCGGGGCGCUCGAUGGACCCGACGACACAUCCGAGAACGCAUCUCGACUCGGCCCUGUCCGACAAGGCAACGCCAUGGGGAGUUCGGUCGGCAUGGGCGGCGUCCCUCCCCACUCGACCUGCGAGUUGGCUCAUCCGCAUCUCCAUCGCGUGGUGUCGCGGCCCACGCCCACGAGCUCCUUCUACACCACCAGCACGCCGACGGUGCCUGAGCUGCUCCAACCCGUCGUGACCCCGCGUCUGGCGGAGUACGCGAACAAGUCCGACACCGCGCUACGAUGGCUGAAAGAGCCGCCUCCGAGUGCCGCGUUCAUGGAAGGCAAAGAGCCGAGGAAUCGGAGUCGAAGUAGAAGCGGUAGUGAGGCGAGUAGGCGACGUGGUCGGACCGAAAAUGGAAGGGUAUACGCUAGCGAAGGUGGACGAGCGAGCAGUUUUUCGUUUGCGAACGCGAGUACUAGCACUCUCACCAAAGAUCUCGCCGCAAGGAUUUUAUACGAGAAGGCCCAACGAUCGAGCACGGCAACGGGAACCGCGACGACCACGUCCCGGGGAUCCCGGAUCUCGCUCGAUCAGGGGCUGCAUGCGCAGUUCCAAUCCAUCACGAAGACACGCUCCGCCACGACGAUCAGCACCAAUUCCACCGCGACUCCAUCACCGACACCUUCAAAAAUGUUCGGUACGGCGCAACGGGCCAAAUGGAAACCCGCGCCACGCACGGUGUCCGGGUCCUCGGCCACCACCUCAUCAUCCACCGACUCGCUCUCCUCCCUCGACAACCUCUUCGACGCGCCCCUCACCAGCGCUUCCAUCAAGCGCCGAAAAUCCCGAACCGGCGUCACCGCCGCGGUCACGCAUCACGAGCAUCCCGACCGUCCCUUCCACGCUCCACCCGGCGGAUUCGCCUUCGCCUCCCCCCACCAUCCUCUCCGCCCGUCCACCUCCCGCAAGCAGCUCAGCACGAUCAUGAGCAGCGGCGAGACCUCCCCUGCGAACAACGGUACGCCGUCAUCGCAAUACCCGCAUCGAAACUCGUCCGCAAACGAUCCAGCCAUGAUGAAAUCGGGCGGGGGGAACGGCCAAUCGCGGCGACCACGGCAGGACAGCGCCUACGCCCGCGCUAUGUGCAAGGGAAAGUCGAACGCAAACGCGAACCGACCACCGACACUGGCGCGGAGCGUGACCGGGUAUGACGGCGCCAACGACCAAUCGCUCCGGGAAUGGGACGCGGUGAUGGCGCUGGACGGCGCCGCUGACGCGGACGAGGAGCCCGAUUCCACGACGGAGCGGGGCGGGCGCGCGAUCGGGAUGGAGCGGACGACGGUGGAUGGGCGGUGGCGGUGGAGUACGGGGUUUUGA